UUUAUUAAAUUUGAUUUGCUAUUUUCUAUUGGUGUCUCUGUCUGAUCACUAUCUCCUUCCUCAUUCAUAUUCAUACUGUAUGUAUCUCUAAAAUGCAAACAGUUCAUAAUAAUGUGUAUGGUACCAAAUUCGAACCAUAUUAAUUAUGCGUGGAGGAACCCUAACAAGGAUUCCAAUUGAUUCUCGAUGGCGGAUGAUAGUGGGGAGAUCAAUGGCGGAUUCUCGAUGGACUCAACCGAAUCAAGGUGGGUUUUUCAAGAUGAAGAAUAUGCGUCUGAUAUAGAAGAGUACGAAUCCGAUUUCAGAUUCAGAGGACAUGCCACUGUGCCACCGGAUUCCGAAGAUGAAGAUAGCGCCCGACAGAAACUCAUUCGUACUGGUCCUCGAAUCGAUUCCUUCGAUGUCGAGGCUCUUGAUGUUCCUGGUGCUCAUAAAAAUAAUGAUUAUCAGGAUAUCAGUGUAGGAAAGAAAAUUGUAUUGGCUUUUCAGACUCUUGGUGUUGUCUUUGGUGAUGUUGGAACCAGUCCGUUAUAUACAUUCAGUGUUAUGUUUAGAAAGACCCCUAUAAAUGGAAAUGAAGACAUUAUUGGAGCAUUAUCACUUGUCUUGUAUACUUUAGUCUUGUUUCCUUUGGUGAAGUAUGUCAUGGUUGUUAUGUGGGCCAAUGAUCAUGGGGAAGGUGGCACUUUUGCCUUGUACUCCUUGAUUUGCCGUCAUGCUAAGGUGAGUCUUCUCCCCAAUCAGUUACCAUCAGAUGCCCGUAUAUCAAGCUUUAGGCUAAAGGUGCCAUCUCCUGAGCUUGAAAGAUCAUUAAAAAUUAAGGAAAGACUUGAGACUUCUUUGACUCUAAAGAAGACACUACUAAUAUUAGUGCUUGCUGGUACUUCUAUGGUGAUUGCUAAUGGUGUUGUAACACCAGCAAUGUCAGUAUUGUCAUCUGUUGGUGGUUUAAAAGUUGGGGUUGAUGCGAUCAAGCAAGAUGAAGUUGUGAUGAUUUCAGUUGCCUGCCUGAUUGUUUUGUUCAGUGUACAGAAGUAUGGAACAAGUAAAGUAGGACUUGCAGUAGGACCUGCUUUAUUCAUAUGGUUUUGUUCUCUUGCGGGUAUCGGGAUAUACAAUCUUGUCAAAUAUGACAGUAGUGUCUUGAGGGCAUUUAAUCCUAUUCAUAUCUACUAUUUCUUCAAGAGGAACUCAACUAAAGCAUGGUAUUCACUUGGGGGUUGUCUUCUCUGUGCAACUGGUUCUGAAGCCAUGUUUGCAGAUCUGUGCUACUUUUCUGUACGAUCAGUGCAGCUUACAUUUGUGUUUCUUGUUUUGCCGUGUCUGCUAUUGGGUUAUUUGGGUCAAGCUGCAUACCUUAUGGAAAACCAUGCCGAUGCUGGUCGGGCCUUUUAUUCUUCUGUUCCAAGUGGUGCAUUCUGGCCAACUUUCCUUAUUGCUAACAUUGCUGCACUGAUUGCAAGUCGGGCUAUGACUACAGCAACAUUUUCAUGUAUAAAGCAAUCAACUGUACUUGGUUGUUUCCCUCGUCUUAAAAUCAUUCACACUUCCCGGAAAUUUAUGGGCCAAAUCUAUAUCCCCGUCCUUAACUGGUUUCUGCUUGCUGUUUCUCUGGUGCUUGUCUGCUCAAUAUCCAGCAUUGAUGAGAUCGGAAAUGCCUAUGGCAUUGCUGAACUUGGGGUGAUGAUGAUGACCACUGUUUUAGUGACCCUUGUUAUGCUUCUUAUAUGGCAAAUACACAUCAUCAUAGUGUUCUGUUUUUUGGUAGUCUUCUUGGGAUUGGAGUUGACUUUCUUUUCAUCUGUUCUAUGGAGUGUAACAGACGGAAGUUGGAUAAUAUUGGUCUUUGCCGUAAUUAUGUUUCUGAUAAUGUAUGUAUGGAAUUAUGGUAGCAAUCUCAAGUACGAAACUGAAGUCAAGCAAAAACUGUCGAUGGAUUUGAUGCGAGAAUUAGGUUCUAAUCUUGGGACAAUACGAGCUCCUGGAAUUGGUUUGCUUUAUAAUGAGUUGGUCAAAGGAAUACCAGCAAUUCUUGGCCAUUUUCUGACUACACUUCCAGCUAUUCACUCCAUGAUCAUAUUUGUGAGUAUUAAGUAUGUUCCAGUUCCUGUGGUUCCUCAAAGUGAAAGGUUCCUUUUCCGGCGAGUCUGCCCCAAAAGUUAUCAUAUAUUUCGUUGCAUUGCCAGGUAUGGUUACAAAGAUGUUCGAAAAGAAAAUCACCAGACUUUCGAGCAGCUGCUGAUUGAGAGCCUAGAGAAAUUUAUACGCCGUGAGGCUCAGGAGAGGUCACUAGAGAGUGAUGGGGAUGAAGAUAUUGAUUCAGAGGAUGAGUACUCUAGUUCUAGGGUUCUAAUUGCUCCCAAUGGGAGUCUUUACUCACUUGGGUUUCCUCUUCUUGCUGAUUUUAAGGAUACAAACAACUCUGUUUUAGAACCAAGCACAUCUGAGGUGGUAAGCCCCACAGCCUCUGAUCACCCGGUGUUUGAUGCUGAGCAGAGCCUUGAGAGGGAGUUAUCUUUUAUUCGCAAGGCUAAAGAAUCUGGAGUUGUUUAUCUUCUUGGUCAUGGGGAUAUAAGGGCAAGGAAGGACUCUUGGUUUAUCAAGAAGUUAAUAAUAAACUAUUUCUAUGCCUUCUUGAGAAAAAACUGCAGGAGGGGGAUCACAACUUUAAGUGUGCCCCAUUCGCAUCUGAUGCAAGUUAGCAUGACUUACAUGGUUUGAAAAUUAAUUUUACAGCCCAAUGGAACGUCUUGGAAACCACGGUGUGAUAGCAGUGAGCAGGCCCUCAAAAGGUUUUAUUUUGGAAUGCACAAUUCACUUUGUUUGCUCGAUCCCUUCUGGUUCUUUGAUCUUGGUCUAGCUAAUCAUCAGAGAUCGUACUGAUGUUUGUUGUGGUUGUGCGUCUGCCAUCUUCAUAUACCAAAUUGAAAUAGGCUGAUAACAAAAAGAAACAGAUAUGUUAAAAAUACAUACAGCAUUAUGUAUACACAUUUAUGAACAAUUCCACGUCAAUGUGAAUGUACAAGUGUACAACAAUGGACACCGAGUAUUGUACAGUGGCAUUGGAUUGCCCUUAAUUUCAUUUUAAUAUAUUUAGAUUGCAUAAACUUGUUGUUUGCUUCCCAUUUUCAGGAAACAUUUUCUUGAUUGAAACUCGAAAGAGAUCAUAUUACAUUUCAUCUAAAAUGUUUGGAUGUUGUCUUA